AUGUCUCUUGUCGACAUCCCAGAGAUCGGACUCCAAAUCCCUCAGAUACCACUGGCCGCCAAAGCUUUAGCUUUCUGCAAAGAACAUUGUUCUGAACCAGUGUACAAUCACGCUGUCCGAGCCGCAUAUUGGGCGUUGAUCAUCUCCCAGAGACUGCCCAAAACGAUCGCUCCGUCGCCAGAUCUCGAUAUUGUUGUUGUGGGCUGCAUUUUACAUGACAUGGGCUGGGCAAGGACCGCGGGGCUCUUGUCAAAAGACAAACGUUUCGAAGUCGACAGCGCGAACAUCGCGCGAGACUUCCUCGAUAGCCAGCCACUGCGUGAAACUUGGGGGCAGGACAAGAUCCAGCGUAUGUGGGAUGGUAUUGCACUGCAUGCUACGCCCUCCAUUGCCAAGUUUGGCGCCCCUGAAGUGGCUCUUAUCCACCUGGGCGUCAUUGCAGACUUUGUCGGUCCAAGCGUCUCUCUUUCCACAGGAGAGUCUGACCUGAUUCUUUUGGACGAGUACCAUGCUGUGAUGAAGCUCUUCCCCCGCGCGGGUUUCAACCGUGAUGGUUUCAAGGAUAUUAUGUGCUGGUUAUGCCAUGAGAAAGCCGAAACAACAUAUGACAAUUGGGUGAGCGGGUUCGGGUUGAAAUUUGGCACAGAUGGCAACGGUACCGAUCGAGAAACAUUUGCACAUGCUUGGGAAGAAAAUCAGUUCGCUAGCAGCCUGUUGCUCGCGCUUGACAAAUUGGAGGCCCUCGAUAACACCGCAUAG